UCCAAUCUAGUAGGUGGCGGUAAUGCAACAUUUAUUGGAUGCCAACCGCCGUUAAACCUCAUCGAAGAAGAAGGAAAGGGGAGAAAGGUGCCGAUCGCUUAGCAACGUGGACGCCUGGUGCUGAACCGGAUACUAGCACAGGACUUCAGUCGAGGAGCUGAGGGAUUUUACAAAUUCGUCUAUCUAAAACAGUAUCUCAGAACUUGAGUGAUGGAGAGGAUAUGUCUUGACAAGACUGCAUCUAAGGCAGUGGACGACUAUCUGGAGUACAGGAGGAUCGUGGGUGAAGACGAUGGCGGCAGACUAUUCUCCCCAGAGGAAUAUGAAAAGUAUAAGAGAACAGAGUUGCCCAAGAGACUACACAACAGGCUGUAUGUGAGCUUUGGAGUGCCAGGGGGAAUAGACUGUAAACUCAUCGGCCCAGAGACACCUUGCUUCUGCACACACAGGUACAAACAGCAUCAGACAGACUUUGAGGAGGUUCCUUUGGAGCGUCCGAUAGCGCUACCAUGCCGGGUUCGAGGGUGUCGGUGUUUGGCCUUCCAGUACGUGCACCUGAAUGGGUCGCAGCCCGUACGCUGCAGGUGCAAGCACUCUGCCUACGACCAUAGUGAGACCACAGAACACCUGUGUGGGAAAUGCUCAUCCUGCUCUGGGUUCCGGAGCCCCUUCAGCUGUGGGUGUGGCCAGCCUAGCUCCGCCCACCAGACACUGGUGGAGACGAAGGCAGAACGGGAGUCCCGGGGUCGGCCGGUGGGCAGAGAUGUUCCGUACGCAGCCAUGGGGGGUCUGACAGGGUUCAGCUCCCUGGCUGAUGGGUACCUGAGACUGGAUGAUAGCGGGGCAGGUGCCCCUCCCCUGUCUGUUCUGUCAUCUCAACAGGAGCAUGUGUUUGAGAAAGCCUAUGGACCAGCAGCAGCCUCAGGACCUACAGAGGAGAGCUCAGUGACGUCCGUGACCAGGGCUCUGUCUGACCUCGGCACCAGAGAGGAAGAAGACAUGGCGUACUUCGAGAGACGCUACCAGGAGAGGGCUGAGAAAAUGGCUGCCAAACAGAAGGCAUCAUCAUCAAGAGGAAGACCAUCCACCAAACCAACCACCUCCCUAUCCAGUAUGCAACCUACCAAACAGCCUACCAAAUCAUUUACCAAACUGGAGAAGAGGACGAACAGUUAGCUAACACACAAACAGACUUAGUUUAAUACAGUAUUCCAUUCCACACAGAUAAUGAUAUAAUUGCACUAUGGAUAAUAGAUAAUCAAACAUUAUCUACUAUGUGAUGUUUCCAAGUUCAAUUGACAAUAAAUGUU